GCACAGUCCUGAGAGAGGAGGGAAACUCCAGCAUUUCUUCACUUCACAGAACAAAAAUAAGGAGGAAAAAGGACAGUGGAAAAGGAAAACCCUGGGAACGAGGAAAGGCUGUUUUGGAGGGAGAAAGACAGAGAAAAGAAUGCUUCAGAAUGUGAAAUAACCUGGAGGACAUUAUUCUACUACAGUUCGACUAAUGGGUCUGGGAUUCUAAUGUGGCAUUUCAGGCUCUGGGAUGUACAAGAUGUUGCUGUGUUUCUCAGCAUCGCACUUUAUAUGUGUCACCUAGCUGGAGCCAUCUCCAUCCAUUCUCCCCAGAAGAGCCUCACCAGGUCAGUGCAGGAGGAUGUGUUUUUCUCGGUGGAUAUUACCUGCGAUGGGAUCCCCACCAUACAAUGGACCUUUAUGUCAGGAGCGGUGAGCCGCACCAUAGGGACAUGGCAGCCGGGGUUGUACACUAACAUAACGGUGGAUUACAGUAGCAGAGUGCAGCACUACAACAAUGGCUCUAUGGGCCUGUCAGACCUGCGCCUGGCAGAUGCUGGAUACUACCAGGUCACUGUCACAGAAACAGCAGGAAGCAGCAAGGAUGCUGGCUUUGUCCUGAAAGUGAACG